GGGAAAUGUGACCUAGGGAUAGAAUUGGCCAGGAGGGAGAUGUCUCUGAGGGAGGGGUUGGAGUGGGAAACAAAAAGAGUGGAUAGACAAAUGAAACUGAAAUGUGAGGAUUUCUGAGCAGAUCAGAAUCUUGAUUGAAGCAAAUAAUCUUUGGGAAAGGAUAAGGUUUAAGAUUGAAAAGGCAGAAUGGGGCUAGGUGACAUAGGGCCUUGAGUUCCGAAAUGAAUUCUACUGUAGCUUGUAUAUUCUAGAGCAUGCUGGUUAGGAUGUGCUGUAAUUCAGUGUGUAUGAAGUACACAGAUUCUUUUUGGAAAUGACGUAGAGUGAUAUCUCAUUGGAAGCUGGAAUCUGAUUCUCACAGCAGCAAUAUCUAGAAAGAUUGUAGAAUUACUGCAGUGUGAGACCCAGGGAGGGAAAACACCCAGAUUUUUUGCUCCCAAGUUACCUUUGUGCCCUUUUGUUAUUCAAAGAGUGCUUAGUCUUUGAAAAUAGAUUUGAGGAAGUUGUUUUCGAGAUAUAAAUUCUUUGCCCUGAUAUGAUGAAUGAUAUGUAUUGACUGGAAUAGUGGUUUAGUGAUGAGCAAAGUUAGGAUUCUGAGCAUUCAUUCCCAGACCAGUUUCCCUUACUAACCUUGUGCUCAAAUAUGAAUAACUACACUGCAGGAAAAUGUCAAUUACUCUCAGACUAAAUAAAAGUAAUCAAACUUGAAGUCAAUUAACAAUCAUCAUGGAAGUUCAUUGAGUUAUACUCUGCCAGAACUUCUUGGUCCUGAUGUCUGACCAUGGAGAUGUGAGCCUCCCUCCCGAAGACCGGGUGAGGACUCUCUCCCUGAUGGGUAGUGCAGUGGAGAUAAAUGAAGACAUUCCACCCCGUCGGUACUUCCGCUCUGGAGUUGAGAUGCUCCGAAUGGCAUCCAUUUACUCUGAGGAAGGCAACAUUGAACAUGCCUUCAUUCUCUAUAACAAGUAUAUGACGCUCUUUAUUGAGAAACUACCAAAACAUCGAGAUUACAAAUCGGCUGUCAUUCCUGAAAAGAAAGACACAGUAAAGAAAUUAAAGGAGAUUGCAUUUCCCAAAGCAGAAGAGCUGAAGGCAGAGCUGUUAAAACGAUAUACCAAAGAAUAUGCAGAAUAUAAUGAAGAAAAAAAGAAGGAAGAGGAAGAAUUUGCCCGGAACCUGGCCAUCCAACAGGAGAUGGAAAAGGAAAGACAGAGGGUAGCACAACAGAAGCAGCAACAGUUGGAGCAGGAACAGUUCAGUGCCUUUGAGGAGAUGAUCCGGAACCAGGAACUAGAAAAAGAGCGGCUGAAAAUUGUACAGGAGUUUGGGAAGGUGGACCCUGGCCCAGGCGGCCCACUGGUGCCUGACUUGGAGAAGCCCUCCCUAGAUGUGUCCCCCACGGUACCUGUUGCAUCCACACAGCCUUCAGACUGUAAUACAACUGCGAGGCCUGCCAGACCACCUGUGGUGGACAGAUCCUUAAAACCUGGAGCAUUGAGCAACUCAGAAACUCCUACUAUCGAUGGACUGCGCCACAUGGUGGUGCCUGGGAGGCUCUGCCCACAGUUUCUCCAACUAGCCAGUGCCAACACUGCUCGGGGAGUAGAGACAUGUGGAAUUCUCUGUGGAAAACUGAUGAGGAAUGAAUUUACCAUCACCCACGUUCUCAUCCCCAAGCAAAGUGCUGGCUCUGAUUAUUGCAACACGGAGAACGAAGAAGAGCUUUUCCUCAUACAGGAUCAGCAGGGCCUCAUCACAAUGGGCUGGAUUCAUACUCAUCCCACACAGACCGCAUUCCUCUCCAGUGUUGACCUACACACUCACUGCUCCUAUCAGUUGAUGUUGCCGGAGUCAAUAGCCAUCGUUUGCUCCCCUAAGUUCCAGGAAACUGGAUUCUUUAAACUAACUGACCAUGGACUAAAGGAGAUUUCUUCCUGUCGCCAGAAAGGAUUUCAUCCGCACAGCAAGGACCCACCACUCUUCUGUAGCUGCAGCCACGUGACUGUUGUGGACAGAGCAGUGACUAUCACUGAUCUUCGAUGAGAGUUUGACCCCAACACCUGUCAAGAACCAUAAAACCACAUCAGUGUACUGUAGCCCCUUAAUUUAAACUUUCCAUAAAGCUCUGGAAGCUUUUUUAGACAAAACAGAAAGUGAAUAUCACCUGGGAGAGAACGGAUUUUUUAAUUUUUGAUUUGAAAAGAAAUAAUUGAAUAUAUUUUUUAGACAAGUCUGGAAAAUAGCAUGAUUAUGCUAAAGCAACUUUUCAGUCUGCCUAUAACUAAGAAAUUAAGUUGAAAGAAGGGUAUAAUGAACACUCAUGUACUCUUUGUUCUAGAUUCACCAAUUAUUAACAUUUUCUUUCAGCUCUCCUAAUUUCUCUGCCAACGUGUUUAUUGUUUACCUUUGAACUAACUAAAGGCAUCUAUGCAGAAAUUUGGAAGCCAUUCAGAAAACCUCUGGGUUUUCCUGUAAUUUAUGGCAAUAUUAAUGAACUUUUUUACGAGGGCCAGGGACAGCUCACCAUGUCCCACCAGAUGGUGAGGCUUGACAAUCCUGAAGGAUGAUUUUGUCAGGAAUUAUUGUUAUUUAACAAACAUGUCAGGAUAUUUUUUCCUCUACAAUAAAAUAACAGUUAACCUGUGUGUGUGUGUGUGUGUGCUUUAGAGCGAUCUGUUUGAUCAAGCAUUGUCUGAACAGGCUAACUAAAAGGUCUAGCUGUUUGGGAAUAUGGAAUUUGAGAUGUACUGCCAUAAAAGUGUGUCCCAGUUCACUUGUAAUUAUUCAGUGUUUUUGUCCAACUGUUGCCAUCAUCCAGGGCCGUGAAGUCAUCUGUUCGUUUUGGUGCUGUCUCAAGUAGGUCAUCCCAUUCACUUCCUCCCUCUGCCCUAAAAGCUUUCAGAUGAAGGUAACAGAGCCUUUCUUUGGAGUGCCAUGUUACACUCCAAGUAAUUGAUUGCGUUCCCAUGCCACCCCACCCUACCAAUUUUUUGUGUUGACUGUUCUUUUCUGACUUGGGCAACAUUUAGGAAGGUGUUUAAAGCUGCAGUUGAUCCUGUGUUUUUCUUUGUAUGAGCUGUCUUAGGUUCGAAGGUGGCCUAGAAAUAAUGGUGUUGUUUGUGACCCCUCAGGUGGGGGCAGAAGAGUAAAUAGCUUGGAUAGGAGAGGAAUGGUUUCUUUUUAUAUCAAAAUUCUGUGGGGAAAAGUCUGCAAAUGUAUGAAAUUUUGCUUCAUUUAAAAAUUUUAUGUCCUGGAUAUGUUCAGUCUUUAUCAUUUAGGUUAGUGGUGGAACUAUUCCCCUGAAAGCCAAGUCCCUAUAUUCUUGUUCUUCUAUAUUCUUGGGUUCUUAACCCCAAAGAUACUGGAAAUUCUUUCUCCUGCAGUUUCAGUGUAGGUAGGAAUGUGGGGCCGAGUGGGGAAGUACCUCACCUGUGACAGUCCCCCUUUCCCUACUUGUGGCCCAAGGCAGCCUAGAUAGUUCCACCUUACCCUAACAGUCACUUAAGUUCUUGCCCCUAGCUAACACAUUAAAAUACCUGAGUUUUUAAAUACUUGUGUCCCACCCCCACCCCAGUGAAAUCGGGGGGCUCCAGGUAUUGUUUCUGUUUUGUUUUUGUCUUUCUCUAAAGCGGCUAGGAUUCUCAAGCACAGCCAGGGUUGCAAACCAGUGCACCAGUCAUUUAUACCUAAGAAUUGUGUGCUCUCCUUUCAGUCUCUGCAGAUCAGAGGCAUUCAGCAAGUGUUUGUUGAACCAAAGUGAACUAAAUGUAUCAUAUGUUGCAGCCACAUUGAUCACUUACUGUUUUCCAAAUGGCCACAUUUUCUUGCCUCUUUACCUUUGCAUAAGAAAGCUCAGUGGCUGGGCGGGCUUAGGAAAGCAGU